ACCACCCCAUCAGCUUCGUCUUUUUAAUCACAGCACUGCUGUUACAUUCGCUUUUCCCCCAGGUGGAAUACACUGCCCUCUUUCGGCUACAUUCUCUUUUCUUGUAGACCAUCAUUCGUUUCGGUCUCUUGAAACUUUUACCUUACCAUUGACAUUCUUUACGUCUUGCCUUGAUAUCUACAUUGUUUGUAGACUACACGACUACGUAUUACUACUAUUAUUCUCUAUCCUACAUUUCACAAUGAAGGCUACCUACGCUCUUUUGGUCACUGGACUGGCCUCUCAGCAGGUCGCUGCCACUUGGAACUUCUUUGACAACUAUGGCACACCCAACUACAGCAACAACAAGUGUAGCGAGAAGCAAGAGGGUGGCUUCGACUGGUCUGACCUCAACGACGGCGACUCGGUUGGUAACUACGGAGAUUUUGACUUUUCUGGAGGCUGGAAAUGCGCAAACUCUUUUGGCAAGCUUGACUUGUUGACCAAGAGGACUUUUGGCAACAAGUGCAUCAAGAACAAGGUCGGCAAGAAGCAGCCUGCUUCAUUCGGCUGCAACAAGCGUGGUUUCUCCAUCAGCCACAUGGACAUUUCCUCUGAAUUUGAUGCUGAACUCGAGCUCCACUACACCAUGCAGGACGGAUCUAUUUGCAAGCAGCGCGGCAGCUGCUCAGCUGGUGGAUCGACCCUUAAGAACACCCAGUGCGGUGGCGCCAAAUCCGUCGACAUCUACCUUGGUUCUCACCACAAGGGCGACCAGGACUCGUGUGAGAUUGGCUUCCACAACAUUGGCUUUGACUGCAGCCCUGAGACUCCUUACACUACGCCCACCCCACCCGAGGUUCCUUCCACCACCAGCCCAGCCGAGUAUCCCACUUCUACUGCCGAGUCAACUCCCACCCCAGUCCCCAGCACUACUCCUGCCGAGGAGUGUGGACAGUACGGUGGUGAGGGAUGCGGCACUACGUCGGUUCAGAGGCCUACUGGUGGAGUUUGCGAAGGCGAUAACUGCUAUCCUGCUUCCACUCCUGAGGCUUCCACCUCACCCAGCGAGACUCCCACUCCCUCGGCUGACUGCGGACAAUACGGUGGCGAGGGAUGCAACACCCCCACCGAGACUCCUACUCCUGAAGUUCCCACAUCGGAAACUCUUGUAGAGACCCCCACUGAGACUCCUACCGAGACCCCUGUAGAGACCCCUGUAGAGACCCCUAGUGAGACUCCCUCAGAGACUCCCGUAGAGACUCCCUCAGAGACUCCCAUAGAGACUCCCUCAGAGACUCCAGUUGAGACUCCAGUUGAGACUCCUACCCCAGAUGUUCCUACUUCCCAGGUUCCCGCUUCUUCGCCUGCUCCUUACACCAACACCUCUGCCCCUGCAUACACUCCUCCCACUGAGGUUCCUUCUUCAGUUGUUGAGAGUACCACUGCUACUCCACCGGUCGAGAGCUCUGCCACUCCUGAAUGCGGUUACGGCCAGUCUUGCGAAGAGUCUUCUGCUAUCGUCACUUCUGCCGUCCCUAGCAGCACUGCCACUCCUCUCCCUGCCACCAGCUCUGAGGCUCCCAAACCAUCGAGCCCCAGCUACCCUCCUGUGGACAUUACCGACUCAGUCCCCAAGUGCAUGAACUCGUGGCUCCAGAUCUCUGCUCCUGGCUGCAAGGACAACACCGACGCCAAGUGCUACUGUGUCAAGCCCGAGUUCACCAAGAAUGUCAUCGAUUGCCUUACUGCUCGCUGCGGAAACGACGACGAUACCCGCAAGGCGCUCCAGUACUUCAUUGGUAUCUGCGCUGAGCACAUCCCCGAGAACCCCAAGAUUGUCGGUGACUGCCCUUCGUACAUUCCCUUGAACCCUACCCCAUCUCCUCCUGCUGUUCCCACUGGUGGCGCCUCCGCUCCUGUCCCUGGCAGCUCUGUCCCUGCUGCCGCUGAGAGCAGCUCUGUCGCUGUUCCUCCUACUGGUGGAGAGGGCACUCCCGCUCCUUCGGUCCCAGCUGAGACUCCCGCUCCUUCAGCCCCCGCUCAAUAUCCUGCUCCUUCAGCACCUGCCGAAGUUCCUGCUCCCUCAGCUCCCGCAGAGUAUCCCGCUCCUUCAGUCCCCGCUGGAACUCCCGCCCUCACUCCCAUCGCCAGCACCGCUCCCCCCGCUGAGCAAACCCCUUGCACCACCAUCACCUACGGCACAACCACCCUCACUGUGCCCCAGGUUCACUUCACCACCGAGCCCAGCACUCCCGGCUCCACCCCCAAGCAGCCUGUCGCUCUCGUCCCCGGCACUGCGCCCCCACAGACUCCCGCUACUACCACUCCAGCCGGCGGCGCCGUCCCUCCUCCUUACCCCACUGCCACUACCCUGGGCACUGCCACCGUCCCCAUUGCCUCUGGCACUGGCGGCGUGCGUCCCUCUUCGCCCGCUGAAUUCACCGGCGCUGCAUCUCCGUUCAGCGUGGUACCUCACAGCGCGCUCCUUGGUGCGCUUCUCGCCUUUUUCGCUUUGUAGAAAAAAGCCAAUAUUGUAAUGUGUGGUCGUUUUUCACAACCCCAAAAUCUUUCUCUUAUGUAUAGUUGGCUUUUCAUGUGGAAUAUAUAUCAUGUGUAGGAUGAAAUGGGCGUGAUGUUGGAUGUAUCUUUGUAAUAUCAGGGCGUUCUUAUUAGGGAACUGGAUAUCAGUAGAAAUAUGAAUAUGCUAUGAACGUAUUGUCUUGUCUUGAUUUCAGAAUGUGUAUAUGCUUGAAGGGAUGAUGUUAUUCUUUUGCUUGGUGUGCUAGCUUAAUUUGGCAUUCAAUCUGAAGGGGGUCAAUGUAAAAUGGAGAUGAUUGCCCGA